AUGUCGACAGUUGUCAACGCUGCGGCGUCGCUGAGCCUGGCCCUGCCCAAGGCCUCGACCAUAUUCUCCAUGAUCCAGCCCACCGGCGUUUUCCACCUCGGAAACUACCUCGGAGCUGUCCGAGGAUGGGCUGAUGUUGCAAAGGCCAACCCCGACCCUACAACCGAGAUUUUCUUUGGAGCCGCCGACCUGCACGCAAUCACCAUGCCCAAGGACCCCAAACAGCUGCAGGAGUGGCGACACGACGCCCUGGCGUCUAUUCUGGCUGCAGGAAUCGACCCCGACCGAUGCUCCGUCUUCUUCCAGUCAGCUAUCCCCGAACACACCCAGCUCUACUGGGUGCUCUCCAACAGCAUUGGAAUGGGCUACCUGAACCGAAUGGUGCAAUGGAAAAGCAAAGCGGGAGUGGCAGAGUCCGCCUCUUUCUUCGAAGACUCAGAGCUACUCUCACAGCUCAAGCACGGCUUGUUUUCUUACCCUGCUCUGCAAGCAGCCGACAUUCUCAUGUACAAGUCCACCCAUGUGCCUGUUGGAGAAGACCAGAGCCAGCAUCUGGAGCUCACCCGAGCCGCAGCCCAGUCCUUCAACGCCCAGUACGCCUCCAAAAAGAAACCCUUCUUCCCCAUCCCUACUACACUAUUUGCGCCUACCAAGAAGAUUGCUUCUCUCAGAGACCCCUCCAAAAAGAUGUCCAAGAGCGAUCCCAACAAAAUGGCCUCCAUUUUCAUCACAGAGAGCCCCGAGCAGAUCUACAAGAAGUUCAAGUCUGCAGUUAGUGACUCUGACCCGGCUCCUUUCCUCUACGACCCUGAGAAUAGACCGGGCCUGUCUAACCUCAUGACUAUCAUGGCAGGUGUACAGAGAGUCUCUAUUGAGGACGUGGAAAAGAACAUUGCCGAUAUCAAGACAUUUGGAGAACUCAAGAAAACCGUGUCCGAUAUCGUGGUCGAGGAUCUGGCUCCCGUUCGAUCCGAGUUCGACAGACUCAAGAACGAUAGAGCCUACCUCGAAAGCAUUGUCAAUAAGGGCAACCUCAAGGCCAGAGAAAAGGCCUCCAAAACCCUCAAGGAGGUCUACGACCUGAUCGGAUUCGGUAACGUGCCCACCAAAUAA